AUGGAGCCAAUAGAACCAGCUGCCGAUGCAGGUGAAAGACCGAGGCCCAUCCGGGUGGUGGAGUUCUUUGCGGGAAUCGGGGGGAUGCGCGCGGCGUGCGCGCUGAGUGGUUUGGAGGUUGCCAUCGUCGCAGCUUUCGAUGUGUCGGAACUUUGCGAAAAGGCGUACUGUCACAACUUCGGGAGCAAAGACUGGCGGAAGAAGACGAUCGAGUGCCUCCGUCACCAGGAUCUCGAUGCAUUGGCCGCUGACGUCUGGCUGAUGAGCCCACCCUGCCAGCCUUUCACUCGCUCGGGGAAGCGGAAAGACCACGAGGAUGACAGGUCCCGGGGGCUGCUCCACUUGGUCAGCGUGCUCCCAGAGAUGCAUCAUCCGCCGCGGCGAAUAUUGCUGGAGAACGUUAUCGGUUUCGAGCGUUCGGAAUGUCGCCGCCGUCUUGUGCAAGCACUGGCAACCCUGGGCUGGGAGUUGACUGAGUUUGCCCUGGACGCCGAGGACUUUGGCCUUCCAAACCGUCGUCCUCGCUACUAUGGCCUCUUCCGCUCUCCAAUUCGGCUGGGCAGGGAAGCGCCGGAAGAAGGAAAGACUGCCGCGCCGCGACUUCGCUGGCGACAGGCAGCAGAAGCCGUACAGGACGAAGAGCCCGUUCUUUGUGGCAAACCGUGGCCGCUUCAAUGGCCCGUGCCGUUGGGCCAUUUUCUGCAGGAUGCCAUGGCCCUCGCGAAAGAGGAGUCUUCGAUGGCUUGCUCUCUUGAAGUGGAUCCUGAAGUGAUGCGCACGCGCCAGCGGAAGGAUCAGCGCUACGACAUCCAUCUGCGAACAGACACCACAAGUGCCUGCCUCACAAAGGCAAAUGGCCGACUGCCCUUUGGCCACUCCCCUCUGGUCCUGGUGAACGAGGAAAGCGCUCGGACAUCACCUUGCUAG